AAACAUGCGCCCCACGUCCCCUCAUUCCAAAAAAAGAAAGAAGAAGCUCCACAAUUUUCUCAAAGCCAAAGUCACUGUAACAACAAUUAGGCAGGCAAAUCCUCUUUAUUGUUUUGCCGCUCGAUUAGCUUCUUCCCCCUCCCACUACAUUUUGAUUCUCCCUAUCUCAAGAGAGGCCCCUUCUGAUCCUCUCUCUCUCUCUCCUCUCUAAUUCUCUCUCUCUCUCUCUCUCGUGUUGCGAUCAAAGGCACCAGGAAUGGUUCGUGCAUCAGAAGAAGAACAGGAAAGCUAUAGGAGCAGGCUCUUUAAUUUCAAAUGGAGGAACAACGAAAACAACAAUGCAACGAGACACGCCAAAAGUCUCAGCGUCGAGACAGGUCUAGAUGAGGCUGCCACGGGGUCCAACGAGGCCGAACCGUUGACAAUUAUUCAUCCUAGUAAGGCCCCGCCACUUUUAAGAUCAGCUGCGGAUGAAGCAGCGCUCGCCGCCGCACUGGCUAGAGAAAAGCAGCUUUUGGCAGAUGUGGAGCAGAUGAAAGAACGCUUCUCCAAGCUGUUGCUGGGAGAGGACAACUCCGGUGGAGGCAAAGGAGUAUCCUCUGCUCUCGCCCUCUCAAACGCAAUCACAAACAUUGCAGCUUCCGUGUUCGGAGAGCAACGGCGUUUGGAGCCAAUGCCUGCAGAGAGGAGAGCAAGAUGGAGAAAAGAGAUUGAUUGGCUUCUCUCGGUGACCGACUACGUUGUGGAGUUUGCUCCAUCUCAGCAAAAAAAUAAAGAUGGGACCAAUAUGGAGAUAAUGACCACACGCCAACGUACUGACCUACACAUGAACAUCCCCGCAUUGAAGAAACUGGACGCCAUGCUCAUCGAUUGUCUAGAAAAUUUCAAGGACCAAAGCGAGUUCACCUAUGUUUCAAAAGACUCCCCUGACUCAGACAAGAGAAACGACGAAAAAUGGUGGAUUCCGACAGUCAAAGUUCCGCCAGAUGGUCUAUCAGAUGCAGCUAGAAGGUUCUUGCAGUACCAGAAGGACAGUGUAAACCAGGUUCUAAAGGCAGCCAUGGCCAUAAACGCACAGGUUUUGUUCGAGAUGGAAAUACCUGAGAGCUACAUCGACUCUCUCCCUAAGAACGGGAGGGCGAGUCUCGGGGAUCAGUNAGGUGACCUUGGAGUGGCCGUUGGAGGUGUCCUCAAUGAUGCACCCUGA